AUGACAGUAGAGGCAUUAAAAAUACCUUCACAGUCUAGUGAAAUGAGAAAGUCAAAAUGUGGAGAUGGUGAAAAUCUAAAACUGGUGAAUGGAGGCAGUCCCUGUGCUGGCAGAGUGGAGGUUUAUCAUGCUGGAGAAUGGGGAACAGUAUGUGAUGAUGAGUGGGACAUACGGGAUGCUGCAGUGGUCUGUAAACAGCUGGGAUGUGGUUCUGCUGUUGCUGCCCAUGGAACUGCUCAUUUUGGACAAGGGUCUGGAACCAUUUGGCUAGAUGAUGUUGAAUGUAAUGGAACAGAGGCAGCAUUGUGGAAAUGUUCUUCAAGCACAUGGGGAAAGUCUAACUGCAGACACAACAAGGAUGCUGGAGUAAUCUGUUCAGAUGGUGAAAAUCUAAAACUGGUGAAUGGAGGCAGUCCCUGCGCUGGCAGAGUGGAGGUUUAUCAUGCUGGAGAAUGGGGAACAGUAUGUGAUGAUGAGUGGGACAUACGGGAUGCUGCAGUGGUCUGUAAACAGCUGGGAUGUGGUUCUGCUGUCGCUGCCCAUGGAACUGCUCGUUUUGGACAAGGAUCUGGAACCAUUUGGCUAGAUGAAGUUAGCUGUAGUGGAACAGAGGAAGCAUUGUGGAAAUGUUCUUCAACCACAUGGGGACAGUCUGACUGUGGACACAGGGAGGAUGCUGGCGUAAUCUGUUCAGGUGGAGAUGGUGAAAAUCUAAAACUGGUGAAUGGAGGCAGUCCCUGUGCUGGCAGAGUGGAGGUUUAUCAUGCUGGAGAAUGGGGAACAGUAUGUGAUGAGGAGUGGGACAUACAGGAUGCUGCAGUGGUCUGUAAACAGCUGGGAUGUGGUUCUGCUGUUGCUGCCCAUGGAACUGCUCAUUUUGGACAAGGGUCUGGAACCAUCUGGCUACAUAAAGUUAGCUGCAGUGGAACAGAGGAAGCAUUGUGGAAAUGUUCUUCAAGCACAUGGGGACAGUCUGACUGUGGACACUGGGAGGAUGCUGGCGUAAUCUGUUCAGACCAAAUUCUGGAUGGUCAUGGUGCAGCCAUUUUACCUCUGAUGGGGAAGGAAGAUUCGAUGUGCUUGGCAGACCUCAAGGAUGCCUACCAUUAUAUAAAGAAAGGUGCACCAGAAGGAGAUUUCAAGUUCUUAACAAUCUUGUUAUUAAAGGCAGCACUGGAUUUCAAUGAAAAGCCCUGUGAGAAUCCUUGCAUUAACAUCAUUGCUGUCUUAUGGUCAGAAUAG